GGUAAACAUCAUAAGUCCACAUCGUAGACUGCGGGCCUAUCUCUCUUCGCCUCUUCCCCUUCCCCUUCGUCGUAGACUGCCCUCCUGCAAUUGCGAUAGACGAGGUUAGGUUUCUUCGCACUGUCCACUCAACCGGGUAACUAACUCCAUUACUUGCAACGCCGAAUUACACUGAUUCGAGAGCACUAUCUUGUGAUUUUAGUUUGACUUGAUUGGUUUGACAAUGAAUUAUCACAAGACUAUUGAGUUAGAUGAAGGAUGGGACUUCAUGCAGAGGGGAAUCACAAAGUUGAAGAAAAUUCUAGAAGGUUUGCCAGAAUCACAGUUCAGCUCCGAGGACUACAUGAUGCUAUACACCACCAUAUACAACAUGUGCACCCAGAAGCCCCCUCAUGACUAUUCUCAGCAGCUCUACGAUAAAUACAAAGAGGCUUUCGAGGAAUAUAUUAAUGCAAUGGUGCUUCCAUGCUUAAAAGAAAAGCAUGAUGAAUAUAUGUUAAGGGAGCUCGUAAGAAGAUGGGCAAAUCACAAGGUUAUGGUCAGGUGGCUUUCACGGUUCUUCCAUUACCUUGAUCGCUAUUUCAUAGCAAGGAGGUCACUUCCUGGUCUCAAUGAAGUUGGACUCACUUGCUUUCGUGAACUGGUUUACCAGGAGUUGAAAAGUAAAGUCCGAGACGCAGUUAUUGCACUAAUUGACCAAGAACGGGAGGGAGAACAAAUUGACAGAGCUUUAUUGAAGAAUGUUAUUGAUAUAUUUGUUGAAAUUGGAAUGGGACACAUGGAAUAUUAUGAAAACGACUUUGAAGUUGACAUGCUUAAAGACUCUGCUGCUUAUUAUUCUCGGAAAGCAUCAAAUUGGAUCGUUGAAGAUACUUGUCCUGAUUACAUGUUGAAGGCUGAGGAAUGCUUGAAAAAGGAGAGGGAUAGAGUGUCCCAUUAUCUGCACUCAAGCAGCGAGCAUAAGUUGGCUGAGAAAGUGCAAAAUGAGUUGUUGGUGGUAUACAGCACCCAACUGCUUGAAAAGGAGCACUCUGGAUGCCAUGCAUUGCUUAGAGACGAUAAGGUGACGGAUCUCAAUAGGAUGUAUAGACUAUUCUGUAAAAUUACCAAAGGCUUGGAUCCAAUUGCAAAUAUAUUUAAACAGCAUGUUACUGCUGAAGGUACAGCCUUGGUCCAACAGGCUGAAGAUGUGGCAAGGAACAAGUCAGAGAAUGCUGUUGGUGCACAGGAGCAGGUUUUUGUCAGAAAAGUUAUUGAUCUGCACGAUAAGUACAUAGCAUAUGUGGAUUGUUGUUUUGCAAAUCACUCCCUCUUUCACAAGGCCCUGAAAGAGGCUUUUGAGAUUUUCUGUAACAAACAAGUUUCUGGCUGUUCAAGUGCUGAGCUACUGGCUUCCUUUUGUGACAACAUCCUCAAGAAGGGCGGGAGUGAAAAAUUGAGUGAUGAGGCCAUUGAGGACAGAUUAGAUAAAGUAGUGAAGUUGCUUGCUUAUAUUGGUGAUAAAGACCUUUUCGCCGAGUUCUAUAGGAAAAAGCUAUCUCGUCGUCUGCUUUUUGAUAAGAGUGCUAAUGAUGACCAUGAAAGACUUAUCCUUACAAAGUUGAAGCAACAAUGUGGAGGACAAUUCACCUCAAAGAUGGAGGGAAUGGUUACUGAUUUAACAUUGGCUAGGGAAAAUCAGAACCAUUUUGAGGAAUAUCUUAGCAAAAACCAACAUGUAAAUCCUGGUAUUGAUUUGACUGUUACUGUCCUUACCACUGGAUUCUGGCCAAGUUAUAAAUCCUCUGAUCUUAGUCUGCCUGUGGAGAUGGUUAAGUGUGUUGAGGUUUUCAAGGAAUUCUAUCAAACUAAAACAAAACACAGAAAGCUCACAUGGAUUUAUUCAUUGGGUACUUGCAACAUAAAUGGCAAGUUUGAAGCAAAAACUAUAGAGCUGAUUGUGGGAACUUAUCAGGCUGCAGCUCUUUUGCUAUUCAAUAGUUCAGAUAAACUAAGCUAUUCAGAAAUCAAGACCCAAUUGAAUUUGGCCGAUGAUGAUUUAGUAAGAUUGCUCCAGUCUCUAUCAUGUGCCAAGUACAAAAUUCUUAAUAAAGAACUGACAACAAAAGCUGUCACCCCAAAUGAUUCCUUCGAGUUCAACUCUAAAUUCACUGACAGAAUGAGGAGGAUCAGGAUUCCUCUCCCACCAUUGGAUGAAAGGAAGAGGGUGGUUGAAGAUGUUGACAAGGAUAGGCGUUAUGCUAUUGAUGCCUCAAUUGUACGCAUAAUGAAGAGUCGGAAAGUUCUGGGUCAUCAACAACUAGUCAUGGAAUGCGUUGAGCAGUUAAGCCGCAUGUUUAAGCCUGAUUUCAAGGCAAUCAAGAAGCGGGUUGAAGAUCUGAUCACUCGGGACUAUCUGGAAAGAGACAAGGAGAACCCAAAUUUGUUCCGGUACCUGGCCUGAUGUACUGCCUGUUGAUCUUGAAGUGGCAGAGUCUUUAGGACUAGAGAGUGAACAUAUAUAGCAUAGUAGUAUUGCAAACUUAGUUGUCAUGGUUUCAACAAUUAUGGUGAUGCUGUUAGUUGGAAGGAGGCUUUUGUUUGACGAUGUCCCUUGUAAUAUUGAUGGCUGACAAGGAGGAAUUCAACUGGAAAACGCUUAGAAUGUGUUUACAUUUGCAUUUAGGCUCCUUUUGUUUGGAAGAAGAACAUCUGUCUGAGAAAAAAUGGAGCUUUAAUUUCAGGCAAUAGGUUUCCCCGCUGAUUAGAAGCCAGUGGUUUUGUAACAGAGAACUAAAGAAAACAACAAUAGAAGUCAAGUCAAGCUGAAGAAAAUAGAGCAACUGGCAGCUUUGUUGCAUCUUAUGCAAUUCAUCAUACAACUGUAAGUCUUUUCUUCUUCAGACAUCUUAUGUUGGUAUUUUAUUAUUCUGAUAAUUCUAUAAAACUUUAUUGCCAAAUUUGGAGUAUUAGAAAGAGUAAUAAUGUUUCUAAUCCCGCAACUUAUUUCCAA